UUCCACCAACUUCAUAUGUUUUGUUUUAUUAUCUUUUAACUCUCUUUUUUUAACUCUUUAAGCAGGCAGUGGACCUCCUUGUCGCACUUUACUGAGCCUAAUUUCCACUGGGUAUGCACUGAAUAUUCGGUUUCUCGUGGUUUAGCUUCUGGGUUCGUCCAUUCUUGGAGCUUGUAAGUUGUUCGAACUUCUGAGGCGUUUUGCUUGUUGAUCAAUGAAAGCUACAUUGAGUUGUUCUUGGACUAAGGAGGUUGAGAAGUUAUACCUUCAAUUGCAUCUAAAAUUUAUACAUUAUUGUGGUCUUAAUGGAUACGAGUUGUAAAGGCAUAUCAUGGUUUGGGAACUUAUACCAGAAGUUUGAAGAUUUGUGCCGGGAGGCGGAGGAAAUAAUGCAGCAGGAAGUAAUUGAACCUGCUAUAAGCCAGUUGGAGACAUUUAAUGAGAAUUUUGAAAACCUUCUCUCCCUGUCAGAACCUAUAGGAGAUGCACUCGGUCAAUCUUCAGUGGAUAUAGAGGAAGGGGCAGCUUCCGAUUCAUCUCUUCCACAAAACGCUAAUGAUGCGGCCUGUGUAAAAUCACCGGCAGGCACUGAUGAAGACUGCGAUAAAAGGUCAUUAGAUGACGCGUACAGAGUCCACUUAAGCUCUGUGGAAUUUGUAAAGAACGUUUCCUGUGGUUUAUCGUUGGAAGAAACUGAUGCCCUAGAAAUAUCAAGCCAAGAAAUUGAAUUGGAUGGUGGAGGCAAUAUAUUAAUCCCAGCCUCGGAUGAUGCAGGAGGGUGUAACUCUCUUGUGGAAACAGAGGAUAGAAGUGGUAACCAUGCUGACACGCCCUCUAAUAUUUCAGAUGACAUACAAUUUUCCAAUGCUGUUAACUCUGUAGAAGCUGGUAAAAGAAGCCCUGCGGGCAUUGGAUCUUGUCCUGCCACCGAUGCCCUAGAAAUAUCCAGUUCCUGCUUGACCACGGAUGUGACAGUUUCUCCUCCUGGUGGGAUUGAACUGCACAAAAGUUUUGAUGAAUCAAAAUCUGCCGUGCCUUUGCCAGUGUGUGACAGUUUUGAUGAAUCAGGGUCUACCAUGCCUUUUCGAGAAAGUGAAGAGCUGGAUAAUGACGUUACCAAGUCAGUCUUACAGAUUUCACAAUCAUUGAAUACGCUAAAGCUUGAUAAAAGUUGCAUUUUAGUAGAUGGUAGCGGAAUUCAAUCCAUUUCUUGUCAAGACGCAAAAUGCAGGUCUUACAAGAAGAAACUGAAGGACGCAUUUGCUUCGAGAAUGAGAUUAUUGAAGACGCGCAACCAUAAGCAGCCUGCAGAUUGGUCCGGAGAUCUUGACGCAGGAUUUGAUCAACAGAAAGGGAAAAGCUUCACAACAAUCGCAGUCGUUGAGAAAUCUAGUUCACCGGAUUACGAAUUUUCUGAGUCUGAGUGGGAGAUUGUUUAGAUUAGAGUACCAUUCUUGAUAUGCAAGUUUAAGAGAACCACCAUUCUGCUUCCUAUUUGUUGUGGAGUUGAAAAUACUGAGGUUCCUAAAAGGCUGUGAAAAAUAUGCUUCCAUUUUUGUGACGCUGAAAUUUAUUUUUGCUGCGGAUUGAGUUCAAUA